UGCUGCGCGGCCGCCAUCUUGAGUGCUGGCAAGCCUCCCCUACCGCGGCAGGGCGGCCAUCUUGGACGAGGGGUGAGGCGGGGGAGCGGCUGGCAGGGAGGUGAAGCCGUGGCCGACAUGUUGAGUGAGGGCAGCGGGUUUUUUUUCCUUUUUUUUUUUUUUUUUUUUUUCUUUUCUCCUGGCGGCCGUUAUUUCCGCAUAACGGCUCCCCGACAACUUCCACGGACCCUCGGGUCUCCCCCAGUCUGCACAGCCCCUCUGGUGCCUCAGGGAGCGGGCUGGGGUCUGCAGCUGCGAGCCCCGUGUUGCGGUGCUUUCCGUGCUCUCACCUAGUGAAUGUGAGGGAUUUAAGUCUUAUUUUUUUUUUAAGAGGUGCCCUGUGGCUGCGCAAGGUGGAGCCUGAGGGAGGCUGCUCGGGUGCGGAGCCGGGAAUCCUGUCAGGAGCCGUGCCCUGCCCUCACGGCUGCCGCGGUGAGGGGGCUCGGGGCCGUGAGGGAGUUUGUCCGCGGAGAGGUCCGGCAAACCGGUGGGAACAUAAAAAAAAAGAACCCCCAAAAUAGAGCUGAGGAAUCGAGGAGGAUCUAUCGGAAUGUUUCAGCGAGGAAAGUGGCAGGAGGAGAGCUGAGAGAGGACAGUGCUUCGCAGUGGGAGCAGCGCUGCAGAGGAUGGGUGCCCCUGGUGUGAGGACUCGCUUAGUGUGAGAAAUGCAGUGUAAAGCUUGUGCUGACCUGGCAGGAGAGGAGGAGAAGCAAUGAGGGGACUGGAAGGUCCCGAGUACCCCCCCGCAGGAGGCUGGAGCAGGCGAUUUGGGUAACUGUCCCUCGUGAGCUGGCCGAGGCCGAGUCCCAAGGGAAGCCCAGCGUUGGUGGGGCCGCUGUGGGUGGCAGCGUGGCCCGUGGCAUCAGGCAGCGAGGCUGUGUUUAGGGCUGCGUGUUGUUGGGCGAAUUGCAGCCUCUCGGCCAAGUCAUGCGGCGCGGCUGCUUUGAAAUCCUCGCCGCAAACUUCUUAAUGACAUAAGCUAAUUGUAUAAGUCGGACGGCUAUCGAUUGCUCAUUACGGAGGGGGGAGCUCCUAUUGACAUGCACAUCCCGUGGUUGCACAACGUGAGGGGUGUACGGGGAUGUCCCUGCACCCAGCUGUGUGAGCGGGGGGCUCCCAAGGACUCCCCAAAUCCUCACGGAGAGACCUGCAAAGCUGCCUCAGGCCGAGGCCACCAGCUCUGCUUGGGAUGCCAGGAAUCCCCUGCCUUCACCAUAGCACAAGUGACCUGUCCCAGCAAGCAUGCUGUAAUGAUGCUGUUGAUGAAUUUAGGGUCCAGGGGGGGAUUUGGAGAGUUGUCACUUCCUCACAACUACGAUGUGGUGGCAUAAACAUCCCUCCAGCAACGUGACACGGGACCUUGCACGUGUCAGCUGGCUUCCCUGUGCCUCCACUUAACCCAUGCGUAGGGCUGGGUGGAUGAACGUUGCCGUCCUUCCUCCGCCACGGCGCUCUGAGGAUUAAUUACUCACGCUCUGUAAAGUGGUGUGGAAGAAGCUAAGUCAUUGCAGUGUUUAGGCUUUCAAUAUGACGGUGCACGUCUGUUGGGAAACGCUUCCCAAUCACUAGGUGAUGCCAUUCGAGAAAUCAAGAGCUACUGAGAGCAAGGAAAGAUUGUGCAAGUGUUUAGAUGCUUGGCUACUUUUUCAGUAGCGUCCACUAAUUUGGCGAUGUUUUCAUCGUUGGAUGCCCAGUGGAAAUGGCUCAUCAAAGCUCACGUUAGUGUGUAUAGCUCUGCUGGAAGUCACGUACAGAAGCCGUGUCUUCUGCAGCUGUACCAGCACAAUUAGGCACGAAGGCAGUGGGGAUCCCUGUGGCCCUGAUUUUGGUCUUGAAAAACCACUGGACUGUUUUCAUCGUGCCAAAACAUUGGGUGUCAGCCCUCACCACAUGGAAAAGCACCUUCCUCGAAUACUGAAUCCAUAAAGAGCGCGGUAACGUGAAACUGUUGUGCAUGGGAAAUGGACGGCUUGCGAGCGGUGAGCCGAGUGCCCUCACAACUUCACCACAAAGAGGAUCCGGAGGGAAUCUGAUGGUUUGUUCAGCUCUGGUGCGCUGCUCACCUCUGCCCUCACCGAUGCUGAUGCCAUUGUGCUUUUUUGUGCUGGCCUAAGAGAGAAGGGGAGUCACCCAAAGGUUUUGCGUUUUUAUUUGGAGGUACAGUGUUACAGGAUGCCCAGAGAGCUCUUUUCAUAACACAUCAUCUUUUCCUCUGCUGCACGGGGAGCUGCUUUAUUGAAUCAGAUUAAAUUUAUUGGACAUAAAAUCAGGCCAGCCAGUACUUUGUGCCAAAGCUGGAGUUCCUGUGAGGAGAGAGGUCAUUAUUAUGGCUCUGUUCUGUAGCUGUUUUUAAUUGAACUUUCUCAUUUUGGAAUAAUUAAAUAGCAAGACUCGGCCAUUUGGCCAGCUGCUUUGCCUUGUGUUUGUCUUCUUUGGCGUGUUUUCCAAAAACGAGCACAAAUGCAACGUUUGUUCUGUUGGCCGUGGCAGGAGUGACUGGAACAACCUGUGGUAUGAAGCUAUGAUGGGGGAGGAUGUUCCCAUGUUUUUGAGGCUGGUCUGUGCAUUUCUGUUUCUCUGCAAUGUUCUCUUCUCACCCUACAGCAACCCAGGAAGACACUGAAAAUCCUGUUUGCACCACGGACAAGGCGAGGCAGCCAGAGCAGCUUUGCCCCCUUGUGCCACUGUCCUGCCUGUGUGACGGCUGCUCCUGUGGUUUCUUCUAGGGAGGUGUUCUCCAGCAGAAGAGGACUGCCUACCUCUGCAUAGAUCAGCACUCAGGGGAGUAGGGCUACGUUUCUGGGCAGCACUGUGCCUCCCAUCCAUGGGGGAGCUUCCUUGAAACCCACUUUGCCCACAGGUUUUCCUAUGCAAAGGGCUGUGGGGUGCGUGCCACCAUCUAAGCUACUGCACUCAUUCUUUUCCAAAAGGAGAGGUCUGAGCCAAAUCUGUUCCCUCACCCGUGCAGUCCUGUUAAACCAUCUGCACAGAAUGGGCCCCGUGUAAUAUUUGCACCAACCUUCUCAACGGGGAAGGUCUUGUUUCAUGCUUGAGGGUCUGAGCUUGUAGGUCUGGUGGUGGAAGCUGGAGCAACACGACAAAUAUUUUCCCUCCACUGAAAUAAUGCCAAUAUCUACGUCUCUGAACUUGACAGGUUGGCCAAGCACAAAGCCCUUUGUGGAUUCGUACCCCCAUCCAGUUCUGGGCUCGUACAGCUCUUUGCUUGGUGGAGCCUGGGACUCCUGAAAUACUGAGAAUUGGAAAAAGAUUAAAAAGAAGUGGCCCGGUGUGAACACCAUUUGGGAACAGUUAAUGAUGUGCCCAGCCCAGCCACCAAAGCCAUUGCUGAGAACUGGCAAACCCAGAACUUCAUCUUAAUCCCAGCACCUUGUAUCUUGCAGCCACUCCCUUUGAUGAUUUAAAGAGGUGUAUCUAAUUCGUAGCUGGCCUUCACCGAGAAGGAAUGCAGCACGAUCGCAAUUUUGGUGUGGUAUAAUUACCCUGCCUUUCUUGCCCCAUUACCACUGACACUGCUCUCCUCACGCCUGGCUUUAUAGGCUGACUUGUACAACCUCUCGGGUUUGUUUUGCUUUUUUAAUGACGUUGGUGAGAAGAUGGGAGGUGUUUGCUGGUUUCGUGGAAGCUUCCUUUGGUUUCUGGGUGGUAUGGCACUCAAGUCCUCGUUCCCGUAGGACUGAAAGAGUUGAAUAAUAUGAUAAAGGAGAAAGUCUGGCAAUAAAUUCAAUUCAGUGGUUUCUCCUAUCAGAAUUAUUGAGGUGCUGAUAAACAACCGGCUUCUUUUCUUAGACUUUGUUGGCUUUGCCACUGCAAAUCAUUGGGCAAACGUCUAGGAGAGCAGACCCGACCUCAUGUAAAUUUGCCCAGCACAGGGGCCCAAGGCAGAGGUUUGGAGAGGGUAGUGCUGGCGGCGUGUAGGGCUGGGUGGAAGUCAGCAACGGGCUGAAGAACCAAGUCGGAGACAUGGACUUCUCUUGCCAUGCGUCUUCAAAGAGCCCGAAGAAGGAGAUUCCCUUGGCACUGUGUACCGAGACUAAAGGGCAAGGUACCACGUACCCACAGAAAUAUUCACGGCCCUGCCCUCCCACACCCACCCACGGGAAUCAGAGAUGACAGUUAGCAGUACGGACAGCGCAGGGAGGGUGUCCAACGUGCCUGUGCGUUUUCACAAGUUAAUGCUGGCUCAUCUUCAUCAACAGAAGAAGGAAUCCAGGACCAGAAGCAGCACCCCCUCUUCCGAAGGCUUUCCGUAGUGUCUGAGUUUUAUACAGAUCAGAGCUUCAAGUUCAAACUUGACAUUUAUUUAAAGUGGCUUCCUCGCAUCUCAUUGCUUCCUGAUUUAUUCUGGUCGGAGUCUUGCCCUAAGGGUUUCAAGCCUCUUGCUGUGCACGAGUCCGGUGGGGAACUCAUUUUUUCUGGGGCUCUCAGUAACAGAUCGGGUAAACCGGUGUUUAAGGAGAUUGGCCCGAGUGAGUCAUUUGAUCGCACACCACUGCUGCACGCCUGGUGCAGCGCGUGCGUCCAUCAGCAAUAUUUGUCUUGCAGGUUGUUUACUGGAGUCUGCACUGGGAACCAAGGAGCCUUCGAACAACCCCGGUUCAGCUGACACAUCUGCCCAGGCAGGCAACGAGGACAUUCGUGUGGAGGCACGGACAGACAGACACUCUGCUUUGGAGCAGCGCCGCUUUGCAGUGUCUCUGGAUCGAGUACGGGUUUCGCUGCCUUUGCACAUCAGCUUCAGGAGCUGUGUUCUCACCAAGGCUCUUCUGCGGUCUGAACUCAUCUUCCCUUUUGGAUCAUGUGAGGGCCCAGAGGCAUUGUUUAUGGGGAGACCUCAAAGACCUGGUAGCACUUCAGUUUUCCAGAUAGGAAAACCGAGGCCCAUUUUCCAAGCAAGAAACUCUGAGCCAGUGGUGUAGAAACUGGGUCUCCUACCUCUCACAUGCCAUCUCUCCAAGCACUGGGAAACUGUUUUCAAAAGAACCAAAGGCUGUAAAUUACAGGACCUCAACACAGAGUUUGCAAGUGAAAGUGAGUUUGCUAAACAGAUUUUUUUUUUUCUCCUCCUGUGUGCUACGAGUGACACUUCCACUAAGCACUGCAGUGGGUGCGUUCCCUGUGUGUCUGGUUACUGCUGAAGAGAUGUUUUAACUGGAGGAGAAAGCCCUCACUCAUUAGCAAUGACUUCUGUUCUACUGAUUGGCUACUUAAGGUUUUACAACCCCAAGUGCCUCGCUAAUACUCUUCUCUUAACACCAAGUCUUUCUGCAGGUUACCAGUAUGUUCCUCAGACUUGCAAGGCUUUGUAGACUGCUGUUCAAAACCAGCUAUUUUGAAAAAAUACACAAAUCGUAGAAUCACAGAAUCCUCAUCACAAAUGGUGGUGGAGAAGGGACAACCGCUUGAAGGUCCCUCUUCUUCACACUUUACCAGGAGAAUAUCCUUCUGCUGGGCUAUGUACUCAUGGUGCCACAUCCUUUCUGAUUCAUGAACUUCACAUUCCUUGCUGCUCAGUGGCCUGGUGUCAAGACGAGUUGGGGAAUACUUCCCUCUCUCCAGCCGAUGUGAGUGCUUUGAAAGGAGACGUUGUCUUGAUCUCUGUUAGGCUGCAGAUGGCACUUCCACAUCUCCUUUGCCUUUGAUGUGUGUCCUUGUCCCCUUGGUUGAAGCACCAAACAAAUGUUCUGAGUGACUGCUUCUGCCAGUGGCUCAUGCUGGAGGUGUAGGUGGGUAGAUGGGAUUUGGGAAUUCCACUUCUGGAGCCAGGCACCUUGAAGGGACGUGUGGGAGUUGCUGUUACCACACCUGAGCCCUUUGCCAAUCUGGGGCCUGAGCGUCAAAGGCCCCCAGUUCACAUUCAUUGUCACCACUGCCGUACCGACACAGAAAUAGCAGCUGUAAGGGGCCAAGUGAAUCAGAGUCAGACUCAUCUCAAGAUAUCUCAUCUCAUCUGUCCGGCUCAGGCACCAACAGGUCGAUAGUGGAGACUCCCUUUGUAAAGAUAAAAAUUGCUACAAAGUCGAGAAUCGCAGAUACCAACAGAAUGCACAAUAUAACCGGCAACGCAGAAGGCUUCUGCCCUGAAGACAUUUUCCUGUAAACAGAUGGCAAGCAGAAAAUGGGCCAGGAAAGCCAGAAAAACUCUGCCUUGGCUAUUCAUCUAUUUUGGAAAGCUUUUUCAAGACUUCAAAAUCACUGUCUACGAAUGAGGAGCAAAUAUGGCAUGCUGUGAUCUUUUGCACACAGAGGAGAUUGAGGUCUUGAUAAGAAGCAGCGGUGGGAAAGGAGAUGUUCAUGUCCUUGCUGCUGUUCCACAGCAGUUGUUUUGUUUUUCCUUUCUUCAGCCUGCUCUCCCAGAGGCACAGACGACAGCGCUUCUUGGCCCAGCUCUGGCCAGCAGCAAGGCCCUUCCCUAACAUGGGGCAGCUUCGGGAUUCUUCUCGCAGAACCCACCCCGAUGGCUUCCCCGCUACCAAAGCCUUGCCACAGGAACCCACUGCACAGCACUUGUGGCCACUGAGACCUGCGCAGAGCGAUUCCUCGUUCCUGGAAGCAGCGCCACGCGCCUGAGAGAAGAGGCUGUGUGAAGAGGUGCAGAGAUGAGAUAAGCAAGGUACAAAGACCCUUCAGUUUUACACCUGGAGGACCCUGAUGGUAUAACCUGAGCUCUUCUCCAAGCUCUUUCUUUACAAGAUAACCAGAUGACAAAGGACAAACAAGCCUUAGAGGUAAGGUGACAAAAGUGAGGAGGAGCAGUGCUGGAGUCAUGAAACACCCAGAUGCUCAGCUUAAGAUGCCUGUUGCCUGAUUGGGAGAUGCAUUGAAAGCUGCCGAUUAUCGUUGACUCUACAGAGUUGAAGCAUAUAAAGUGCCACAAAAAUGCUAUAAGAAAAAUCAGGCCACCUGUGACAAAGCAGGCUUUCCAUAUAAAAGGUUCUUGAUGACCUGGAUGCUGCAGCUAUAAAACGAAGACACAGAAGUUUAAACAACACAAAACUGCAGUCCAGCUGGGCUGUUUCAAGAGGAGGGUCACACAAGCAGGUUUCUUGUUUCUCAUACCUGUGCUCUGCCUGCCAGCUCCAGAAAGAGCUGCAUGCUGCUGCACUCCCAGUCUGAUGCUGUAGACGCUGCCUGCCAGACGCUGCUGCAGACUCUUGGGCUGGCCUUGAAGUAGGCAAACUUACCAACACUUACCCAGGUUCAUCAAUUGAAACCCCUGUGGAUGAUGGAAAUCUAACAGGUCUUCCAGUGAAGAUACACCAGAAAGAUAAGCCUGAGCAGCGGAGACGUCAGCAGCCGAUGGUAGCUGAACUACAGCUGUAAGACUGCCAAAAAAACUCUGAACUGUGCGGAUCGUUGACUGUCAGGACAACGUAGAUUUGGCCAGACAAGUGAGAUCAAAGGACCAUCUAGCCACGUAUACUGGCUCAGAGUGGCCAACAAUCUAUAUUCAAGGAAAAAAAUUAAAGACUAAGGAUAAAAUGGACUCUAUAUACAAGCUGAAGAUUUUUGUGAUGCUUUUAUCUGUUGCUACUUUCACAGUCAUGGUGAUACUGAAUGCUGGAAAUGCCACUGGAUUAUUCAAAGGUCUGUUCCGGACAACCCCUGGAAACAUCUCGGAUAAGUACAACACUGACUUCACACCAGCUGGCUGGACUUUCCUCAUCUGGAAUGUCAUCUAUGCCUGGCAGCUUGCCUGGCUCCUGUACGCCUUGUCAGGGAUCUGUCGAAGGAAUGAACUUGGAUGUGUAUACAUAAAGCCAGACUUGUUGCCAAUACCUUUUUACGUGGCAUGGAUUCUAAAUAAUGGACUCAACGUUGGAUGGCUAUUUCUGUGGGACCGAGAAUACCUCCUCCCAGCCCUGGUGAUCCUGGUAGCCCUCACUCUUACCAUGUAUGCCGCUCUCUUCAUCUCACACAGAGCCUUGAGUAUCCAUUCCUCGUGGUUUGUGAAGGGUCACAAAGCUGAACUCUGGCUCAUCCGGAUCCUAGUCCAGAACGGGCUGGCGCUGUAUGCCACCUGGACCACCAUUGCCUCUCUGCUGAAUUUUGCUGUUGUGUUGAUCUACAAGUGGAAUGUGUCCAACGAGAUAGCAACGACUACCUCUCUGAGCAUCCUUACUCUCCUCCUACUAAUAUGGUUUUAUCAAGAAAACUUCUUUCUUGACAAGUACGUCCGUUAUAACCUCACUAUCUACCCAGUGGUCAUAGUGGCUCUGGCUGGCAGCGCGUGCAAGAACUUCUCACUCUCAUCCCCAACCACCAAUGGCAUUUUUAUAGUUACACUGCUGGCAGUGACUUGUUUUAUCUUUGCUGUUCGCCUGGGAUUAGUCAUCUGGAGGCACUGUAAGAGACCACUGGAAGCACCAAGAACCCCACAUCCAUCAGGCACAGUGGCCUGAGACCUCUGACAUGGUGAUGUUGUGGCAGAUACUUCCGAGGGAGAAAUGAGAAUUGGGCAUCCUGUAUCCACUGCUCCUUCCUUCCAGUAUCAAUUGUCUUUUUUUCUCCUCUUUCUUUGUUCUGAAUUAUUAGGGCUUGUGUCUACAAAUCAGCUCUCCUCCCAUGUUCUCUCAGAUCAGCUAGGCACAGCCCCACCUUGAAUCUGCACCCUCCUUCAUUUUUUCAACUCUGCAUCAGUGGAGGAAGAGGUCCUGCAGCUGAGCAGCUCUGAAAACCUUCCUGAUGACUAAGCUGGGGCUCUGCUCCUUCCAGUGUGAUGAAGGCUGUCAAGAGAUGCCUGGCAGGCUUGCACAGACAGUUGCCCACAUUCUUUCCCUGAGAUUUUGUUAUGUUAAAGUGCAUCUCUGGGUGAGCCGUCCCUGGGAGCUGUGGUGGGCAGUGGGAGGCUUCAUUCCUUACUGACUUUGGCCAGCGGCCAUCCAGCACUGGGCAUCUGCAAGCCUCAGCCCUCCCUUUCCUGCUUCUGUUUGUCACAAUGAGAACAGAUGCUGCAAAUCUAGAGAUUGACUCCUGGGGUGUUAAUUCUAAUGUAUGAUGUGCAAGAGCAGGGUGGAGGGAUGGCACAACUGCCAACCUAUUUCAGGUUAUUGUAGCUCUGAUGACUAAAAAUUGAAGAUGCAUUCACUUUUCAGCAGGUAUUAUGGUCUCUGGGCCUCUGCCGUGUUUUUUCCUGACUUUCUCAGCUAAGUUUGUUACUGUGUCAGUGACUCCAUCUGUGGACCUGCAAUAACAAGGAUCUGUGCCUCUCCUGCUCCACCUGCAAGACAAAUGAGAUCUGGGUCAGGUGGGAGCAGUGGGUUGCUUUUCCCUGAGCUGUGCAGUGCACAACUUGUGCUGGCUGCCUGCCUCCUGCUGGAGAACAGCUUGUAGCUGCUCUGGCAGGAGGUCAGACAUAACCACAAGAUGAUGCCUGAUCUGAGUUGAAGCCUGCUCCUUCAAAGGGUGCCCGUUUAAAAAUUAAACUCUUUUUUUUUUUUUUUUGGACUAGGUAGAGUGAGUUCAUCCUAGCUGAGUGCUUUGUCACAUGGCUCCACCACUGUUAGGAAGGCUGAGAACAAAUUGAUUGCAUUGUCAGACCACUGCCUCUCUUUCCUGUACCUACUGGAAUUGAUGGUGCCUGGGUGGUGUUGGGAAAGUUUUCCCAAAUUGCUGCUGCUUUCACAUGCUGAAUACCUUGCAGUGUUAUUACGAAGGUGAAUUCUCCUAAAAUAGGCUCUUUUUUACAUUUAACAAACACAACCUAUGUUAUGCGAUUCUUGUCCCUCUCUUGCAUUUUAUUUUUAAAUAAAGUUGCUAAUGCCAGUGUUCUGUGUCAAUAUGCAAGCACAUCACUUCUGCAAACCCUACACAUGCCUAAAACAGAGCUCCUGGCUCCUACGUUGUUCAUGCCCUGUCUUUUGCAGGGACCCCUCUGCCUUGCUGGAGCUUCCCCUCCUUGUGGGGCUGUGCAGGAGCAUUGCUGCUCCUAAUCCCACCCUCACCACCCCAAAACAAGCUGCAAAGAGCUCCUCAGAGGCCUGUUUCUGAGCACUGCUGAGGAGCCGCAGCAGCGCCACGUUCAUCUUGUGCAGACCUCCCUGCAAGAAAUCCCCUGGCAAUGGCCCCAAAAUGCUAGGGCUGGGUGAGCCCCUACCCUGGCCACCCACAACUAAGCUCCUGGCCCCCAAACCUCCUUCCAGCCUCGUUUCCCCAGAGCUGGGGCAGGCAGACGUUCCCACAGCCGUCCUGCCACAGUGAGCCCCUGCCAGCUCUGGGAAAAGCAGCUUUCCUUGCAUCAGUGGCACGAACAGGAGCCUAAAAAUAUCAGCACCCCCCCCUCCCACCCCUUUCCUUUUAGCUGGGGGGAAAACAGGGUUGAAAACUAACAGUGUGAACCUUCCCCUUCUAGUUCGCAGCUGUGCUAUUUUUAAAGGCCGUUCCUUCUGAAAUGCCUCGGUUCCAGUUGUUUUCCAAAACCAGAAAUACCAAUGAUGUGCGUUUUUCCCCACAGCGGAUCAUUCAACAAAGCUGCGUUUCACGAAGCCCCAAGCCUGCCAACAUUUUUGCAAAAAUAAUCUGCCCAGCCUUUGUUUUCAUGAGCGAUUAUCGGAUUUGGGUGAAUUUUACUGGAUUUAAAAUUUCUUGGAAAGCUGGUGGCAUUAGGAGUACAAAACCUUUAAAAAAAAAAAAAGAGUUUGUUGUUGUUUCUUCUCUCUCUCUCUUUUUUUUUUUUUCUUUUUUCUUUUUAACUGAAAAAUGUAAUUCAGGGCCCUGUUAACUGCCUGUAUGUCUCUCCUAGCCCAGCCUAGGAUGAAACCUGAAUCCCCCGAUUGCCUUGCCUCCCCGUGGGGCUGGAGGUUGGAGCCACCUGGAGGAUGACUGGAGCUGGAAGAUGUAUGGAGCUGGUGGAGCUGGACACCAUGAGGUUCCUUGUAGGGAAAAAUAAGGAUCAGCCAAGCCACCACCAGGUAGGCAACCCAGUGCUGAGCCUGGGGUACCUCCUUCUGCUGGCUGGGGCCGGCCCCAGCUCGUCCUUGCUCAUCCUCUGUGCGCAGCAGCCUCUAUCCGAGGAAGGUAAGGGAUUGUCCGUCAGUUUAGCACUGUUCGCUCCUGAGGGCUGGAUGUUACCACAGCUGGGAGACAGUCGUGUUCAGUAAAAAUUCCUGGGGAAAUCUGAUUUGGAAGAACUUCGCAUCAAAGUAGCUGUGGGUCAGGGGAAAUAUGCAUUUGAACCGAGUGAGCAAAUAUGUUAAUUCAAAAGGAAUUAAAAAAAAAAUAAUAAUAAAAAGGCUGUAAGGUC